GCAGCCAUGUCUGGUCGCGGCAAAGGCGGUAAGGGGCUCGGGAAGGGCGGCGCCAAGCGCCACCGCAAGGUCCUGCGCGACAACAUUCAGGGCAUUACUAAGCCUGCCAUCCGUCGCCUGGCUCGGCGCGGCGGCGUCAAGCGCAUCUCUGGGCUCAUCUACGAGGAGACCCGCGGGGUGCUGAAGGUGUUUCUGGAGAACGUGAUCCGAGACGCCGUCACCUACACGGAGCACGCCAAGCGCAAGACGGUCACGGCCAUGGACGUGGUCUACGCGCUCAAGCGCCAGGGCCGCACUCUCUACGGCUUCGGCGGCUGAAUCAUUUGUAUUCACUAUCUUACUUUUUUCCCUACCAAAGGCCCUUUUCAGGGCCGCCCACUUUCUCUCGGAAGAGCUGUGCGCUGCGUUUCUGCUGAUUUCUGUGAUUGUAUGUUGGCUUUAAUGUUAGCGUUUGCUUACCUUCAACAAAUAUGACUGGACUGGACGAUGGCUCCUCCACAAUAGUCUUAAGUUUGCGUGGAGGACCCUGGUCCAGUGGCGUCCUCGGCGUAUGGGGUAAAGGUUUCUUAAGGGGACAGGCAGGAACGCGGCAACUCUGUGCCUCCCGGGAGAGGUCAAAAUUUGAGAGCCCCGAAAUUGAUCUGGCAGGGCCCUUCAUUCACCCCUUGCCUCUGAAGUCAGCUACGGGUAGCGGUUCCGCCAAAGAGGCAGUCUGCAGUGACGGGAAGUCUCGGAAGCACCGCCCAUCGGGCUCGUUAGGCCUGGGUGGUCCAAUAAACGGACAAACUACAGAAACCUGCGAGGAUUCUGCCGGCAGCCCACAUGCACCCAAGAUGGUUGAAACCCGCCGUUGCCAGUAAAACGCUGGGUGUUCGUUCAUUCCUCGUAUGUUGGCUGUGAUCGAUGUCAGGAAGGAUCGGCACGCUUUGCCCCUCCCCCACGCCGUCUCCCCACCCGCCUCUCCAGGCACCGGCUGAGUGCCGUCACCCCAAACCCGGUGUCCUUGCGGUUAAAUGGCGCUAUUAGGCCUUGCUGAGUCCCGUUCUCAGGCUGGGUCCCUCCCUAAGCCUGAGGCCAACAGUUUGUAAGUUACCUCUCCCUGUAAGUCUGUAGCUCCCCGGGAGCCCAAGCCCGAGGGCCGAACUUUGCCUGUGUAAAGGAGAAGCUCCCCUCCUGCGCAACAGGGCGUAUGUGAUUUUUUCCCCCUAUAAAAUGACAUACCAUAAAAGUUUUUAAAUUGUUGAAAAUAAUGGAGUAGUUCUGUUAUGUUUCUUAUUAAUCUGUUAACCUGUUAAUAUGUUACCUGUUAACUAAGACUACUAAUUACACUGUUAAACUUGCUCUUUUUCUCCAGGUCAAAAUUGAAAAGCACAUGUAAAGCAUCAGAAUUCUGAUUUUUGAGUUUAUUUUUAAAUGAUGUUUUUCAGUCUAUGUAAGCCAUUUAAAUUUUAAGUUCACAUUACAAUUUAUUAAUUUCCUGCUGACGUAAACAAUUUGCUCACAAUUACUUGUACUCAUAAAACAAAAUAUUCUCAGUCCGUGUACAAGUCCGAAGAGCUAAUUGUGGAAAUGGAAAAUUCAGGGCAGGUAAAACAGCCAGAAUUAAGUAUGGCCAGUUAAAGAAAAAAGACAUGAUUAAGAUCAGAGAGCCCUCAGGAGCAUC